GCUGUUCUGGUUUCCUGCAGCUACAGUCAGUCGUGUGAGAUCGAGCCGCUCUCUGAAUCCGCCUCCAACACGCUGAGAGCCAAGAAGAGCUCAGGGAUCAUGAAGAGAUGGAGCGAUCGGCAGCCCGUGGGUUCAGGAGAAGCCGGAUGCAGUGGAUCUGGAAGCUCUCACUCCAAGUCUUUCGAUCAGCUGCGCUUCCCUCCGGCGACAAAGUCGCUAAGUUGGCAACACUGGGGCGACGGAGGCGACUCUCUCAGCGUGACGUCUGCAGGCUCCAGCAGCUCUGAUGUAGAGGAGGUCAACAUCAGCUUCAUCUCUGAUUCACCCGACGCUCUGGAGAGGAAGACCUCCACGCCCUUCGUAAAACAUUCCAAUUCUACCUUAGGGAAGUGCGGCCCUACGGCAGACCUGAUUCCCACGUUCUGGGAGUCCACGUCUCUGUCGUCUCUGGACGCGUCGGGUCUCGGCUCAGGUUCUGGCUCCAGCAGUGCCUCCUCGUCUUCGGUGUCGUCCACACCGGUCACAGGGUCUCGCUCACACAAGCGCUCCGUCUCCGGCGUGUCCAGCUACUCGUCUCUUUCUCUGCCACUUUACAACCAGCAGGUGGACGACUGCUGCAUCAUCAGAGUCAGUCUGGACGUGGACAACGGGAACAUGUACAAGAGCAUACUGGUCACGAGUCAGGAUAAGACUCCAGCAGUCGUGAGGAAAGCCAUGGUCAAACACAACCUGGACGGCGAGCGAGCCGAGGAGUAUGAGCUGGUUCAGAAGAUCAGUGAGGAAAAGGAGCUGAAGAUCCCCGACAACGCCAAUGUUUUUUACGCCAUGAACUCCACGGCCAACUAUGACUUUGUCUUGAAGAAGAGAGGUUUCCCGAGAGCAGGCCGAACCAAACCUGUGUCCAGCUCCACGCUGCCCCGAAUGAGGCAGAAAGGUCUGAAGAUCGCCAAGGGACUCUUCUGAACCCAAACUCAGUGUCAUUCCCUGAUCCCCAAACCUGCUCUGGUCUGUGACAGCUUCAGCUGUGUGCUGUGAACUACACCACCAGGACGACACUGACCCCCGCUGUGGUCACAUGACCGGUCACAUGACAGGAAGAGGCCGCACAUAUCACCACUCUCUGUUACCGCUUGCUGCACACUGUUGCGUGAAAUGGAUUUGUGUGUGAGUGUGAGUGUGAGUGUGAGUGAGUGUGAGUGUGAGUGUGAGUAUGAGUGAGUGUGAGUGUGAGUGUGUG